CUUUAUUUUUUUAGUCAGUCAGUCUUGGUUGAAGAAAGUUAAAAGGUCGUUUUGAUAGCAGCUUGUUACACCAAAUAACAAAUAUAUAAAUUAAUGUAAUUGCCGUUUCUUUCUUGAGAAAUUAUAUUUGUUUUAUGGACGCAUCACACCGAGUGUUCAAUUGAGUGGAUUUGAUUUCUUUUCUUUAAUUUUAUUAUUUUAUUUUUUUGUUUUUGGUUCGGAGAGAAUAAGUUUUAUUUUUAAUACCACUAAAAAUCGUGAUUACGUUGCCAAGAUUGUAUUUUUACCGAAAGGUUUCGUUCAAAAUUUUUUUUUUUGAAACAUCAUUUUCAAAAAUAUAGAAGAAAAAAAAACGGAAGUGAUAAUAACCAACAAAAAGAAACAUUCCUCUUGCACAGACUAGUUUUUACCGAGUGACUUUCCGAUUUCAUUUGUCUUGCAACAUUCGAAACAACUAUUUUUCGGUUGUAAUCGGUGGAAUUUUCCAUCAUUUGAAAUCAUAAAGAAGCUGAAAUAUAUUUGUCUGGCAUUCAUUUUAAUCAAAAGUCUGUAUUUAUUGGCAUUUACAUAUAAAACGAAAUAUAUAUAUAUAUAUAUAUACAACCGAACACGCUACUUUGCGAUAGCCAACGAGCAAAUGACGUGUGUAUAAAAAGCUUUUUAAAAAUAAAAAUUGUGCGAAACCAACAGGUGGAUUUAUAUAGACGAAGUGAAGAAACAAAAAAAAUAAAGUUAAACUUUGACAGAAAAAUAUAAAAGUCAAUCUCCGUCGACGAGAUUCCAAGUUGUAUCGAGAAACGAAAAAGAAGAAAAAAGAGAACUUAAAAAGAAAACAUUUCCCGUUUCGUGUGUGAUCAAGUAAAACAAUAAAUCCAUAUCUAUGUCCAAGUUUUAUGUAAAUUCGAAUAUGAAAUACAUUAUUAAAUAAAAAGUGAAAUAAGUACAUAGGAAAUUAAAAGUAGAAAACAAGUUAAGAAAUUUCAAUUAUUUUUGUGAAUUACCAGACCAGUUUUUCAUCAAAUUUAAUGUGUAAAUCAAUAGUGUACUAUCAAAAUCGUGUUGUGUUAUUUUUUCGAAAACCUCGUUACACACAUUACUGUUCCGUUUGGAAUAUUUUAUUGGGAACUCUAUACCAAAAGUGUACGAUUUGAGGGGCAGCGUUAUACAGAAAAUUUUAAAGGAUCGAGAAAAAUUUAAACAAACAAAAUUUAACUAAACAAAAAAUUCUGAUUAAAACAAAAAAAAAAUUAAAGAAAAAAUUAAAACCAAAAAUUCGUGAGUCGCUCGACAUCUAAUUUGCCAAUUAAAGGUAAACAUCAAAGUGAAAAGAGUUAGUUUCGUUUGGACAUUGGCCGUUUUCAUUUGUCUCAAAGAGGAAAUUUGACAACCAGCUCUACGGAACGUUUCAUUUUUGAACGGUGUCUGGAAAGGAGAUCACAAGCUACAUCAAGUGCUUUCAAAUUUUCUGGUCGGUCGCUAUAUUUCAUUUGAUUUCGAUUUCAAAUUAAAUUAUGGAACCGUUUUGGGAACCCAACGGACACGCUCCUCAUUCAGUUAAAUAUGAGAGUGACACUGCAAUAUCCGGUUUCGGUUAUUGCAACGAAAAUGGACUCAAUUUUUCGACAUCGGCUGCUUACAGCGAGGACGAUGAGAACUUCGCUUCGGGUCGACGUGGAAAAUCUUCAAGGCAAGAUCCAUUAUCUCACCGUAUCAUCGAGAAGAGGCGUCGAGAUCGUAUGAAUUCAUGUUUGGCCGAUCUUUCGCGACUCAUUCCGCCGCAGUACCAGCGAAAGGGUCGCGGUCGAAUUGAAAAGACGGAAAUUAUUGAAAUGUCGAUAAGGUACAUGAAACAGCUUCAAAAUGCUGAGUACAUGCACAAGGAGAACGUCUACAAAAUGGGUUACGAUGAGUGCUUGAAGCAAGCAGCGAAUUUUCUGUAUAACGGACACAGAGACAUUUGUUACCAAUUAAUCGAUCAUCUUAAAGAGGUUAUCAAAGGCGACUGUUACAAGGUUCGAAGUAAUAACAUUGAUUCGAUAAGUGCUUCCAGUGGUUCACCACCGAUUCAUGGUUAUCAUCCAAUAGCUCCGCUAAAUCAACUCCAUGAUAUGCUGAGUACUACUGAUAUGGAGCACAGCAACAGUAACGAUCAUAAUGACAUAAAAGAUCUCAGUUUACGGGGUCAGCCACAACAGGCACCAGUCAUUACAUCUACAGCUCCGCUGGUUCAUUUGGACACAACUAGCAAUCACGAUUUUGAUUCUUCCAGAGCGUCGUCGGUUCAUUUGGAGAAUACGCCACAUGAUGGUGCCCGCACUGCACGCAUGAGAAAAUUAUCGGAAUCAUCGCAUCACGAAAAUGAGCACAACAGUAAUAGCUAUAAGUUUAAGAAUUACAUUCAGCAACGGUUUUCCCAAGACCUCAAUCACUUGGACGAUCAUGAGGUGUCGGUCAUUAAUGAAUGUGGUAACAAAAGUCCCAGCGACGCGCCAUGCAAAAAGAAAAUGUGCCUUGAUUUCAUGGAAAGCAGCAGCUGUGACGAAAAACCAUCCACAAAUGGCAUUACCGAAUUCAAAAACGAGGUGCAUUGUAAUGCAUAUCCGAUAUUUUCCAAACCGUGCGGCUUGAAUAGCAACCUACAUUCGUCCACCGUACCAAUAUUUGCAUUACAUGCACAAGGUCGAUAUUAUGUACCAUUGAAUGUUGACUACGAGUCGCUAUUGCCAUAUUUAAGCGGAAGUGAUUUGUUCGACAAACAAGCCGGACAAAUGCCGCCAUUGCAUGCCAUUAAUAUAAACGUAAAUUUUGCGUAUGCCCGAUCGAAGCCAAUUUCUAGUCAGUCAAGACAUAAACUUGAUAACAUUAGCAAUGGAUGGUAGGUGGAACAGACAACGGGAUAGGGGAUGAUUUAAAUUUUAUUGUUAAAAUCUUUUUUCUUUUAUCUAAUUAUUAAGUUCUAUGCUGUUAACGUUCAGUUAUAGUUUUUUGGGUUUUUUUUUGUAAAUUGUGCUCAGAUUCUAGCAUUUCAAUCUAAAUAUUAUAUUGCGGUGAUGGUAUAUAUAGUAGGGGUAGUUCAAAGAAAAAGAAAAAUUUUACGUUUUCUAAAUUACGAAAUGGUUUCAUUGUUUUCCAUUCAUUCAAUUGUUUCGUUCGAAGCUCAUGCAAUUUUCCUAAACAGUUUGUUAGUGAAGUGUUACGGGGAUCGAAAAAAAAUUGACUAGACUGGAGUGACUGGAUUGUAUGUGGUAUAUAUCAAUAUGAAAUGUAUCUCAUUAACGACAGAAAAACAAAUUAUUCAAAUAACGUCGAAGAAGAAAAAAAAUAAUUCAAAUCAUCAGCACUAUUUACCUAACGCCAGACAUACACACACGUCAUUUUUUGGGACUUUGCUUAGUGGAAUUGUCGUAAAUGAAUUUUGAAAUAAAAUUGAAGUCAUUGCUAUAAUGACAUUGCGACGUCAAACAUGUAUGUACACAUUCUAAGCACUUGUUCUGAGGUUGUUAAUAAGAGUAUUCUAAAAGAACGUAUCAAGAACUCUAUGCUAAGAAUGUGUUGAAGAACAGCACAGACCGUUAAGAAAAACCGAUGAAAUUUUGUUUGAUAUGCGAUUUAAUUUAGAAACAGAACGCACUACUUUGUUGUGAUGGUCUAUGAUCUAUCAACGCAUUAACACGUAAUGAAUAGUUGGAUAUAUCUGGAAAUUACUGCAAGUCACAGUAUAUUUUUGGCCACUUUUAUAGAGGACCCAUUUCUUAUCCUUAUCGGAAAUAUUUUGAGCCGCACGACAGACCAGAUAAAAAAAAACGAAAUUCAUUUUCUCAUCAAUUUUUGGUUGUUGAUAAAAAAUGGCACACCUGAAUAUUGUCGUUACAACCACAUCGCAAAGGGGGUACAGCUUAAGGAACGAUUUUUCAAUAAAAAAAUUGAAAGAGAAUCAAAGCCACAAAGCAAAGAUCACAAUUCUUAGAUAAUUGUUUUUUAAAAUGAAAUGUUAGCUGUUAAUGCUUAAGCUUAUUCCGACCAAUAAUAAUCGCUGAUUUGCACAGUUCACUUUCGUGAAUUCCGCGAAUUUUGCCAACCACAUAUCAGUUCUCAGAUAAUGAUAAUUGAUAACUCGAUUCGAUUGUUCUCGCUUAACCUUGAUGCUUUAAACGGAUUUCAAAUUUCGUCCAUUUGUUUUGUUUAAUUUGUGUUUACGAAUGAAAUUCUCCAACUCACACGUAUGAUGUCAUUUAAAACAUCAAUUUUGUACUGGUAUGCAUUUCCAUUUUUCCAUUUAAUCUAAAUUUUCAAUCCAAGCAACUCAAAAUUUGGGCAAUCCAUUUUUGAAUCCGGAGUCGUGAAAAGUGUUUUGUUUGUGUGUUUGUAUCAUCGGCGGAAAUAAUCCUUUUUUUUGCCAAACCAAUAAAUUAAGUUAAAAUUUUAAAUUAAUUUUUCAUUUGCAACCAAAUAAAUAAUUAUAAAACCUGAAUGUAUACCGAUAUAAUUAACUGCCAUUUUUCUAUGUUAAUCCAUCGCAAUGAAUAAAGUUUGAAUGCAAAAUUGAUAAUUUUUGUUCUACAUUGAAUGUAAGUAAUUGUGAAAUAUAUCGACAAAGAAAAAUCUCAAUAAAAAAAUCAUACUUUUUGCUAAUCAUCACAGUAUAGCUUGUACUGCUUUGGCAAAGCAUUAUAAUAAUAAGGAGAAGACGAACACUUCCUUGAUUAAAAUCUGUGAAUCCAAAGUUAGCCAUUUACAUAUUUAGGAAUUUAAAAAAAACGAUUAAAAAGUUCUGUUUUCGUGUGCAUUAAAAACGCAUGAAAACGGCUCUUUUCAAAUUGUUAUUCCGAUUAAUGUAAAAGUAUGGUAAGAGUGUUUUAAGAAGUGCUUAAGAAAAGUACGGUUUUCGAUGCACGUAGCAUGCAUUAGUCAUAUAAAUUGCUUCUGCACUGCACCGAAAACCGUUCAUUUCAUAAAUGAAGCAUUUUUUUCGGUACCCACAGCAUGUAAAAUAUUGUACGUAACUCGAACG